AUGGCGGAAGCGCACCUCUCGGCGCUGCGCGACGUGAUGAAGCAGUCUACGCCAUGGAUAUGCGGUGUGCUUGAUGUCCGGCGCGAGGACUUGAUGCUGUUCUACAAGCACGCUGGCGAUGAACGGUGGGCUUUACUCGCGAUGCUCAACUUUGGAGAGGCAACGGAGGCACAGCUGCAGGACCUCGCUGCUGCGUGUCGGCUUGUGACAUUUGGGCGGGGGACGGAAGACGGUGCUUGA